UUUUUCUUUCCCCAGCAUGUGUAGCCUCUGGCAUUCAUUUCGAUCCGCCAGCUCUUAGGUCAACUUUGGAUGGCAUCAUGAUUGGUAUUGUUCUCACCGAAGAGUGUGUUCAUGGUCUGGGACAAGUGAGAAGAGAAAGAAAUGGCGAUGGAGAAGAUGGAAGUGAUGUUAAGGUUUUUAGGGUUGCUGUUGAUGUUGCUGAAUGAGCUGCUAUACUGCAUGGCAGAAGGCAACAUAAAUUACUAUGACUUUCUUCUACAAGACUCUAACUUUACGAGGCUGUGUAGCACAAAGAGCAUGUUGACUGUAAAUGGAAGUUUUCCUGGGCCGGUGCUUCGUGCCUACAGAGGUGACACGGUGUAUGUGAAUGUUCACAAUCAAGGAGAGUAUAAUAUAACCAUUCAUUGGCAUGGAGUGAAGCAACCAAGAAAUCCAUGGGCAGAUGGUCCAGAGUACAUCACACAGUGCCCAAUCCAACCAGGAUCAAACUUCACUUACGAAAUCAUAUUUUCCACAGAAGAAGGAACUCUGUGGUGGCAUGCUCAUAGUGAUUGGUCACGUGCCACCAUCCAUGGUGCCAUUAUUGUUUUACCUAGAAAAGGAACUUCCUACCCUUUUCCUGAACCUGAUGAAGAAGAAACAAUAAUAUUUUCAUCAUGGUUCAAGGGGGAUGUUAUGAAGAUGUACAAUGAGGCUGUAGUAACAGGAGUACCAAAACUAUCAGAUGCUUUUACCAUCAAUGGUCAACCAGGAGAUCUAUAUCCAUGCUCUAAUGAAACCACAUAUCGUCUGCUGGUUCAAUAUGGCAAGACCUAUCUUCUCCGCAUUGUCAAUGCCAUCCUAAAUGAAGAGCUCUUCUUCUCAGUAGCAGAACAUAACCUAACAAUUGUGGGAACUGAUGGGGCAUAUAUCAAACCUGUAAUCACCAAUUACAUCAUGAUAAUCCCAGGGCAAACCCUGGAUGUCCUAGUUACUGCAAAUCAGCCUCCUAGUAACUAUUACAUGGCUGCCAGGGCUUUUGUCAGUGGUACAUUUUCCUUCCACAAUGGCACCACCACAGGGAUUUUCCAAUACACCAACUGUUGUAGUCUUCCACUAUCUAUUCUCCAGUACACAAGCUGCUGUAGUCCUCGACUGUCACCUUCCUUUCCAAACCUUCCAAGUUACAAAGACAGCGCUGCUGCAUUAACCUUCACAAAGAGCCUCAGGAGCUUGGCGAACCAAGACUACCCCGUAUAUGUUCCACAAAACAUCAAUACCCAAAUCAUUAUGACAGUUUCUUUAAAUUUAUUGCCUACUCCUGAAGCCUCAUGUGCAAGGGUAGUUGGAAAUAGGUGUUCUGGAGGCUUGAACAACAUAAGUUGGGUCAUGCCAUCUACUGCUAUACUGCAAACCUAUUACAGGCAAAUGGAGCAGAAUAUUUUCACCUAUGAUUUUCCCGACCAACCUCCAUGGUCUUAUAACUACACAGGAGAGAAUUUGCCCUCUAGUUUAUUAGUAGCAAGCCAAGGAACUAAGGCAAAGGUGGUAAAUUAUAGUGAAACAGUGGAGAUAGUGUUCCAAGGGACUAAUGCAGGGGGCAGAGCAGAGAAUCAUCCCAUGCAUCUUCACGGUUACAAUUUUUAUUUGGUAGGUAUAGGGUCAGGGAAUUUCAACAAUGAGACUGACCCCAAGAACUACAACUUGAAUGAUCCACCCUAUGUUAACACCAUUGGAGUUCCCAAGAAUGGAUGGGCUGCCAUCAGAUUCAGAGCAGAGAAUCCUGGGGUAUGGUUUAUGCACUGUCAUCUAGAAAAGCAUGCAACUUGGGGUAUGGAUAUGGUUCUUAUAGUAAAGAAUGGAAGCACUGCCGCAACCAGCAUUCGCCCACCGCCUGCUUACAUGCCUGAUUGUUAA